GACAUGAAAACGUAAAGAAAAGUGAAACUGAAAGACUUCAGUGUAGAUGAAACUUAAGUUGAGUUGGAAACUUCUUCAAACAACAAGCUUUUUAUUCAAACACUAAAACUAGUGAUCACAUCUUAUAUUCACUUACAGUCAUGGCAUCCUACAGUGGUCCAAUAAAUGAGGAGCUCCAUUGCUCCAUCUGUCUGGAUGUGUUCACUGAUCCAGUCACCACUCCAUGUGGACACAACUUCUGCAGAGCAUGCCUAAACAACGUCUGGACAAACACACAGACCUGCUUCUGUCCAUUCUGUAAAGAAACAUUCAGCAGAAGACCUGAUCUCAAGAUUAAUACAACCAGGGGGACUAGUGUUGUGCAACACUUUAAGGAGAAGCUCAAUCUGGGACGAUCUGAGGUGUUUUGUGACUUCUGUGAUGAAAGAAAGCAGAAAGCUGUGAAGUCCUGUCUGACGUGUCAAAGCUCUUACUGUGAGACUCACCUGGAGCCUCAUCACAGAGUCCCACGUCUAAAGAAACACAAACUGAUCAACGCUGUGGAAAAUCUGGAUGAUUAUAUAUGCCAGAGACACGAGAGACCUCUGGAGCUGUUCUGCAGAGAUGAUCAGACGCGUGUGUGUCUGUCCUGCACUGAAGGAGACCACAGGAACCACAACACUGUUCCUAUAGAGGAGGAGAGUCAACAGAAGGUCACAAAACAAAACACUGGGAAUAAGCUGGUUAAGACAAAGAUAGAUGUGCAGCAGAUGAUCCAGGACAGAAUGAAGAAGAUUCAAGAGAUCCAGCACUCAGUAGAACUGAGAAAAAGGAACACAGAGAAAGAGAAAUCAGCCAGUGUUGAGCUCUUCACUGAUCUGAUCCGCUCCAUUGAGAGAUGUCAGUCUGAGCUGCUGAAGAUGACGGAGGAACAGCAGAAAGCAGCAGAGAAACAGGCUGAAGAUCUCAUUAAAGAGCUGCAGCAGGAAAUCACUGACCUGAAGAGGAGAAACACUGAGCUGGAGCAGCUCUCACACACUGACGAUCAUCUGCACCUACUACAGACUUUCUCUUCGCUAUACAGCCGUCCACACAAGAACUGGACUGAGAUCAGUAUCGACUCUGAUGUGAAUGUGCUCCCUAUGAACAGAGCUCUGACUCUAGUAAAGAAAACUCAUGAGACACUAAAUAAAAAACUCAGUCAAACUGCAUUGAAGUUUGUGCAGAAGUUUGCAGUGGAUGUGACUCUGGAUCCUGAUACAGCGCAUCCGUAUCUCAUCCUGUCUGAUGAUGGAAAACAAGUCCGUCAUGGAGACAUUGAGCCAGACAAGAGCUUUGAUGUUGGCUUGUGUGUUCUGGCAAAAGAGGGAUUCAGUUCAGGGAGAUUUUACUAUGAGGUGCAGGUGAAGGGAAAGACUGAAUGGAUUUUAGGAGUGGCCAAAGAAUCCAUUAACAGGACGGGGGAGACCACACUGACUCCUGAGGAUGGAUUCUGGACUGUGAUUGUGAAGAAUGAGAACCACUAUAUAGUUUUUGAUAAUCCAGUUGUCAUGUUCCCUCAGAGAGGGAAACCUAAGGCUGUGGGAGUGUUUGUGGAUUAUGAGGAGGGUCUGGUCUCUUUUUAUGAUGUGGGCUCCAGAUCUCAUAUCUACUCUUUCAUUGGUCAGACUUUCACUGACAAACUCUACCCAUACUUUAGUCCAGGCCAUAAUGAAGAAGGUAAAAACUCAAACCCACUGAUCAUCACACCUGUCAAAACAAGAGAAUAAAUUCCUCUAGAAUAUAAAAAUAAAAUUCUAAAAGAUUAUCUAUUUUAUGAUUUAAGUUGCUUUUAAAAACAGCUGGACUUAUAUCACACCUAUGUUCGGGUAUUGUUGGGUAACAUUCUGCAUUCCCAAUCCCUCUAUAUGGAACAAAACAUUGUUCAACACUUGUUACAGUGGUUUCUUGAACUAGAUCUUGACUGUCAAAUCAUCAAGUGAUGUUUGACAAAAGCAGCUGCCAAUUCAGACAUUUUGGUGCACAAUAACCAGAGAAAAGUCUGUGAUGCAGCUGUGUAAUAGUCAAUAAUACAUGAAUACUGUAAUACAUGAGCAUCACCUUAUGCGGUGGUUUUGAUCUUUGCUGCGCCACUUGCACUAAAUGCUAUUGUCAUUUUCGCUGAUGUGCAGCCUGUACAUAUAUGUUAACAGACGGAGUAGACUUCCGAUGAACAAAAUAAAUAUGUACUAAAAAUGCACAGAACAUGCAUGUCUAGUAUGUUUUAACAAGAACUAUAGUAUGUCAGAAAAGAAAACGAAGAAUCAAAAAUAUGUAUAGGAGAUUUACUCAUUUAUGUUUUUAAUUAUUCAGUUUGCGUACAGCUGAACUGGAUGAAGACGACAUCACUGAAUCAACAAUGA